UCCACCUCAUGAUACCAUUUAGCAACAGAUGAGCAGCGCUUCAUGUUCAUUUUGUCGGGCCAGAGUGAAGCACAGCUGCUGCCGUGGUUUCCUGAGGGAAUACUUCACUGUGUAAAUGUUUGUCGGGGUUGCGGUCCGUCCCUCCGUCCCUUGCACCGUAGCUGGCUGAAACCGUUAGCGGCUUCCUCAUCCAGAAACACCCCGCGUGAGUCAGUGCUGCUGCUAGUUUCUGCGGCGGUUUCGCUAUGGAUGUGCUGUGGAUGAUACCGCUGCUGCUGCUCAUGAUUAUUCCGCUCCUGAUGUGCACCAGCAGCACGUUUGUUUUUUAUUUCAAAAAGUUCUUUUACGUGGCCUGGAUGAUGGUCUUGGCCCUCAUCGGUAUACCUCUGUGCAUACUAAAGAGCGGAGGCAGAGACAUUGAAAACAUGAGGAUCAUCCGUUUCAUGGUUCGACACGUCAAGUAUUUGCUGGGUCUUCGAUUUGAAGUGAGCGGUUGGGAGCAUCUGCAGACCGAGGGUCCCUAUGUCGUCAUCUCGAACCACCAGAGCUCCCUGGAUGUUUUGGGCUUGAUGGAGAUCCUACCAGACCGCUGCACCACAAUUGCUAAGAAGGAGCUGAUCUAUGCCGGUACAGUGGGCCUCAUUUGCUGGCUGGGCGGGAUCGUCUUCAUCAACCGCAAGAAGACGAGCGAUGCCAAAAGCGUGAUGGCUGAUGCCGCCAAAACCAUGUUGGACGACCAGAUUCGUCUGUGGGUAUUUCCAGAGGGAACCCGUAACCAAAAUGGCGACCUGCUGCCCUUCAAAAAGGGUGCUUUCCAUCUGGCAGUGCAGGCACAAGUACCCAUCAUACCUGUCGUUUUCUCCUCCUACAGCAACUUCUACCUACGGAAAGAAAAGCAGUUCAAAUCAGGAAUCAUCAGAUUGAAGAUCCUUCCAAAGAUUGAGACAAAGGGGAUGACUUCAGACGAUGUGGCAUCCCUGUCUGACAAAUCCUUUGACCUGAUGCGCGCUGCCUUCCUGGACAUCUCUGACUCCAUAACCCGGAGCAACGGGCCCGUAAGGCACUGAACAUUGAUCUUCCACCCGCCCUCUGUUUUUUCAGCCCCAUGUCUGAGAUCCACCCCUCCCCAAGGCCCCCCCACUCUCCGCCCCAGGUUGUCCCACCGCCUUCAGGAAACAAUGUGACACAAGUCUUUUUGUGACGAAAGCUCUUCAUGUCUAGUUGACGCCUGGUCCGGUCCACCUCUGGCCUGAGCACACAGCACAGUCAGUCCUGACCCUCACUGUCGCAGCAGCAGCUGCUCUGCACUUUGUGAGCGGAGUGACGGACGGCGAGCCAAACAGUCUGGGUGUGUGUUGUUCAUGCAUGCCUUUUGGAUGGCUCUGUCCACCUUUCAUCCUUGCUUUGGAAAUCUCAGCUUUCUUAUUGUCUUACUUUAUUGCUGUUUUCUACUUUUCUUUGGUUUUUUAUCUUCACCUGCUUUUGUUCGUUUUGCCUUCUGUUCAGCAGAUAAACUUUGCGGGGUGGUUUUUUUUUUUUCCUGAUCAUAAAUGUCAGUGGAUAUUUAUGUUUUCCUCUCAUGCUGCCUUGGUUUUAGUUCUCUUCGGAUGCUUAAACAGACAUACACAAAAUCAAAGUACCCCAUCUCAUUUCUUCGCUUUUAGUUCUUUUCUGUUUCUCCCCUUUAUGCAUUCCAGUCUUUUGCCCAAAGACAAAAAUGAGUGCGGGUCUCCACAAAGUGCGGAGCGUGUGGAAGGAAAGGACACCCACGACUUUCUAUAGCUCUGUCGCUCUAGAUUGAACUCUGUAUCCACAUUGGCUCAUCAACCCAAUGACCAAUAGCUCCAUGACACGCUUCAUGAUGUCAGAAGGCAAGGAAUGCAAGAUACCGUGUAUAACAACAGCACCCAUCUGUACUGGAUUUAUGGACUUCAGUGAACUGAUCAGUUCUCAGUGUCGUAUGUUGGUGUAUCCCUGUACAUUCUUCCAGUUUGUCUCUCUCUCCAAAAAUGAAUUGAAGCAACCGGUCUGCAGCAAGUGUCCUCCAGCAGUGCUCUAAACUCAAACUCUAAUUUCACACUCUUGCUUUGUUGUUGUUGUUUUGUUUUUUCAGGAUCACCUUUAUGCUCCUACUCAUAUACAAAGUGUCAAAAGAAGUGAAUUCUUUAAGUGCAAUGUCCAACUGUUUCAACGUUACUACUGUUCCAAAGUGCGAGCUACCUGCUGUGCCAUGACAAAGAUGUUUUGGGAGGUUUCCAAUGUGCGUGGGGUGGUUUAUUUUUGUUUGUUUGUUUGGGUUGCUGUUGUUUGUUGUUUGUUUUUUUGUUUUUGUUUUUUAAUUACUAUCUCCUUACGGUCUACUUAACUGGUGACCCCUGAAAUUAUUUAAGGCAGUUCUUGCCAUAAACAGGGGGAGGAAACCUAUGAGAUGAUUUAGAUCUCUAGUAUUUGUUCAUUUAUUAGGAUUAAAUCAAGGAAUCCCAAAGUACUAACAAACUCAAGGAUCUAAUGACUGAAGAUGUGUUAUGUUGAUUGGGUGUGAUGGGAAGCCUGUUUUUUUUUUUUUUUUUUUUUUUUUUUUGUUUUUUUUAAUCCUAUGAGAAUAAGUUAUUAUAUUUAGUUAUGAUGUUCUGAUUAUUUAACCUCACUGGAAACUAUUAGAUUAUUUAAACAGGAAAAAGUGCAAAAAUUUGGCCUGAAUUUUGAUUGUUGGCAUCAUUGGGUGAGUUUUGGUUAAAAUCGAUUUGUUGUAUGAUUUGUACUGAAAAUGUCUUCGGACCACUGACUGAACCGCUUUCGUUUACACCCAGGUCUUAGUUUCACUUCGCUCAGAGUGCAGCCACAAAAAUUAUUAAUUCUGCCCAUCAAACACAAUCUGAGAAUGUACCACAGCAUUCAGGACAGUUGUUUGUUACUAAUUGCAAUUUUUGAAAAAAAUGACUUUUGCUUUCUUUAUUAAAACUGUGACGUUGCUUUGCAUGUACUUGGCAUCAAAUGUAGGUGACUUAUUGGGUUGAGCACAAGGCAUUAGGCUUAGUCUAACCUUGUUGUGCGCACUGACCUCCUGAGGAGCUCAUGUGAAUGGAUUUAUGGAUACUUUGGUAGUAUGCCCUGCUACGUGCGUUGCUUUUCGUAGUUGAGUGCACUUAGUGAGCCCUGCUUUGGUGACAUGUGAGAGUCUGAUUUCAGACAAGUUCCUAAUCCAGUUUGGAUCAUAAGCCCUUACUAUUAAUCAAUACUAAUAACUCACCAACCUGUUCUCUAUUAUUAUUAUUAUUAUUCCUAUUAUUUUAUGAUUAUUAUCAU